AUGGUCAGGACUCUCCAGCCCGACGGGCAGUACCAUGUCACGAAGCUGGGGAAAACGUUUUUCAAGGACAAGUACACAGAGUGGCUUGCCCACGUGCCUGUGAUCAUCCGGGGCACUCGCCGCAGGGGGCGCAACGCCGGCAACAGCUACGAGCGCCAUGACUACCUUCCUGUGACCGCCCUGGAGAUCGGCCUGUCCCGCCAGAACGAUGCUUGGAGCGAGGCGCAGAUCGCCCGCAACGUCAAGGAGGCCGUGCUCCGGCAGCUGGGCCAGCCCGAAGCGAAUGAACCCAUCUACAUGAUCAGUGGGGAGACCUACUUCCUGCAUCCCACCAACGAGUGGGCCUACAGCUCCUCCUCCAUGCAGGAGCGCCCGGACAUGCUCUGCGUGCCGCGGCAGCUGGCAGAGCUCCUGAAGCUCUCUCUAGAGGACGUCCUGCAGGACUUCGAUGCCAUCUGUUCCG